ACACGUGACUAACACGGAAGAGAAAGCCCUGCGACUCAGGUCUUCGGUCUACAAGAACAGACAUGAGCUGUUGCUGUUUACAUACAGCCAUGAAUAGGUGUGUUAUAGUGUGUUAAAUGUACAUAUUAUUUUCUGCUGAAUAUGUUUUUUUCCAUCUGCAUAUAUGUAGUUUUCAUGUUUGUCUCGGACUUUUUCUUUCUGCGAGUCUGUUUGUGUUGACAAGCUAAAGCGCGCUAACCGGCCACUAAUGGACGUCCAUACGACCAAUGUGAAGCAUAAAGUUACUCUUUUAGGUUAUUAAAACUCCAUAAUGCCGCUUGUACAAGCCAACCAACCGCAGCUAAUUCGGUCCUCUCAGAAGGACGAAUACUAUCAAAGCAGUUUCAGAAACAAUACUAACGAAACGGUCCAGACGGUCGCUGGUUCCAAACUAUGGCUGCAGUGGAGGAAAGAAAUCGAGCUGCUGUCAGACCUCACCUACUACACACUAACUACUCUCUCAGGAUAUCAGACAUUAGGUGAGGAGUAUGUCAGCAUUGUCCAAGUUGAUCCCACAAAGCGUAGGAUUCCUUCCCGUAUGCGCAGAGGGGCCCUUAUCCUUCUUCACACCUUCGUACCAUACUUUCUGGACAAGCUCCUGGUCUGCAUUGAGCAUGAGCUGGAGGUUGAGGAGCAGGACUCUCAGAAUACCCAGCGCGAGAUAACAUUAACCUGGAACCCAAUGUCUUAUGUAAAGGCAUGGAUACACAGGACUGUUAGGAUGCUGAAUGAGCAUCAGAGGAAAUCUCUAAAACCUAUGGUCUUCGCAGUGCAACAGGGAGUCACCAUCUUGCACAGGGUGCAUGUGGCGCUGUUCUAUGUUAGUGGUGCUUUUUAUCAUCUGGCCAAGAGGACAACAGGCAUCAGCUAUCUCAGAAUGCAAGGUAUGGCAGGGGAUGACAAAGUCAUCCGUAACAGCUACCGGCUUUUAGGAGCGGUCUCACUGCUGCAGCUGGCUAUCACACUGAUACUGCAAUUUAACAAUCUGAGACAGAGGCAGCGUGCCAGGCAGGAGUGGAAACAACACAGGAACCUUCCCUCAAGUCCGCAGGCGGGCCGGUCACCAUCCUCUCGAGCCUCCCGCUGUAUCUUGUGCUUAGAGGAGCGGAGACACCCCACCACAACCCCCUGCGGCCACCUCUUCUGCUGGGAGUGUAUCACAGAGUGGUGUAACACUAAGACAGAGUGUCCACUGUGCCGAGAAAAAUUCCAGCCUCAUCGUUUGGUUUAUCUGAGGAGCUACAAGUAGCUGAAGAUUCAGUGCAUCACAAUGACUUAAGAACUUGAAGUUUCCAUGACAGUAUUAAUUUGCUCCCAUCUAUUGCCACAGAAAUUAGUUUAUUCUUUACAAUUAAUUGUAUUUAAAAUGAGAAAUAAAUUUGUAAGAACUGUU